AUGGCUUGGAGGUGUGAAAUAGUAAAGUUGCUGCUUGCUAGAGGAGCCGACGUUAACGGCAGCUCAGAACACGGGACACCACUCCAUCUUGCUGCUGUUAAAGGGCAUGAGAGCACUGUGGAGGUUCUGUUGGAACACCAUGCAGAUGUCAACAAGGUUGUGCCUUCUAAUCUAGUAACACCUCUAAAGGCCGCAUUGCUUUGUGCUUCCACGCCUUGUGUGAAGUUAUUGGUUCAGGCUGGAGCUGAUGUGAAUGAUGUCAAUAAUUGCUUGGCAAGAGCUGCAAGCGAAGGCUUGACUGAAUGUGUUAAGUGCUUGCUGGAGGCUGGUGCAGACCCAAAUCGUCCUGAUGAGUGUGGUAGAUUCCCGAUAGAGUUAGCUGCUGUGUAUGGUACAAGGGAAGACGUUGAACUUCUGUUUCCUGUCACCUCCCCAAUCUCAACUGUGGCAGACUGGAGCACUGAUGGGAUAAUUAAUCAUGCCAAACUGGAGAGGAUGCAGCUGCAGGAUGAGGAUGUUCUUAACACAAGGAAGUCUGACCUGAAACGAAAAGGGGAUGAAGCAUUUGAAAAGCAGGAUUACACAAGUGCAUCAGAGUUCUACACACAGGCGCUGAAAGUUGAUCCAUCUGAUGGCAAGAUGCUGGCGAGCAGGAGCCGCUGCUGGCUUCAGCUUGGCGACGGACAGAAGGCUUUGGAGGAUGCAACCAGGUGCAAGAGGAGGUGCCCGGAGUGGGCGGAGGCGCGCCUUUGCCGAGGACAGGCUCUGAUGCUUCUAAAGGACUAUGAGAAAGCUUGCGAGGAGCUGUCGGGCGGCGUGGAGCUGGACCCUCAGAACGAUGAGAUGGACAAAUUGUUCUGGGAGGCGAUGGAACUGAAGAAGAAGUGAUGCCCGCCCGCGC